GCGGGGAUCCCUGAAAACGAUACGUCCUCUGUGGAACGUGGACAUUGAACUACGUAGCCAAUGUCCACGAAUGUUCUCAGUGGGUAACGCAUAAUGUGCACAGUUUUGGUUGCGUUCCGCGCUAUAUGUGCACGAAAUGCCGGUAACACGAGAUCUAUAACGCAAGACGCUUUUAUGUAUUAAAUAAAUUUCUAAUAUAAAAUAAAGACGUUCUAUAGUGUUAUUACUUUUAAAACUGAGUGAGUGAGUGAGAGAAAGCAAUAUAGAAUCAAUUCUUUUCAGCAAAAUUGUCGUCAAUAAUUUUUAAACUUUUAUAAACUGUAGUUAAAAUGAUAAAGGCUCUUUGUGAUUUCAGUUUUGAAGGAUCAUCUAAAACUGGGCCGUGAUGUCUCUCAGGCUUUUCUAAUCUAAAUUUUCAAGCACGGAGAUAGAAAGACCGUAGUUUCGUAAAAUAUAUAAUAUCGCAUGCUAUAUAUAUUAGAUAUUAAAAAAAAAAACGAUAGGAUAAUUGUAGAUUGUAAAAUUAAUACAAUACAUAUUACGGACAAUUUUUUUUUUUUUUUUUCAGAAAAAUUUAAUAAAUUUUGUGGGCAAAAUUUAGGUUUGUUCUUUUCAGCUGAUCUAGAACAGAAAAGAACAAACCUAUUCAUUAUAUGGAGCGCUGCAUUAGCAAAGUGUAGUAGCCAAUCGAGCUCGUAAAUACAACCCGCUCUUGGUUAUAACUUAUAACAACAAAAUACUAAAAAAUUUCGGGAGCACAGCAUACAAACAAGUAUUUAAACAAUAAAACGGCAAGUGCUUUUAUUAUACAAUGACAUUGUAAGGAUUUUGUGUUUCGAAUUGCCUAUUAUUAAUAAGACAAGAAUACGAAUUUUGAUUGACACUACAAUAGUUAUGAUUGUAAUUGAUGCCAGCUUGAAUACCUCUAAGUUAAAUUGAAAAUCAAAUCUGGAAUAAAAUCUGUAAUUUUAUCGGGCACUCUAAGAAAGAAAAAAAAAACAAACAAAGGAUAUAUAAUAUUGAAAGCCAGAUUUUUUGGUCGAAUUAUGUCUGAUAAGAAAAUGGAUAAUAGUUUUGAAAUAACCGAUUACCCACAAUCGUGGGUAAAAGAAAAAUAUCAAGAAGCUCAGGCAUUGAUGAAGGAACAUGAAGCAAAUUGUGAUCCGAAUCAACUUUACGAAAGAAAAUGUAAAGCCAUAGAAAUUUUAUUGGAAAUACUGGAUGUGCUUACCAAAGAGACUUUCUGCACUGUAAUGAUUGCGAUAACUCACUUAAAUAUAGGCAUCCUACAAGCUGAUGUGCAGGAUAUGGAAAUAGCCAAAGAAUAUUUCAUGAGGUGUAUCAAUCUAUUAGAAGAAUGCAAACUGACGCCUGAAGGCAUUUUACCAGCUAUAAGUGCCAAUAAUCAAAUGGGUAUAAUUUAUGCACAACAGGGUUCAUAUCAGGAAGCUAGAGAUUACUUAGAGCAAGCGGAAAGCAUGUACAUUAAGUUUACGAAAGAUGUUCGAUUUGACCCUGUUCAUAUGGUGACCAUCAUGGGUAUUCAGGAGAUAGAGGGCGAGUUAAGUGCUAAGAAUAUUCUCGAGAAACUUCACACAUUAACAUUGUAUUAUUUGGCGCAAGUGUGCCGUGAACUAGAUGACAAGUGUAAUUUUGCAUUGUAUUGUCACAGAACAUUGAGCAAGCAAUUAAGCCAAAAUAAGAUAAUGCAAGAUUUGGAUUAUGUCGAGUGGGCCUUGAAUGCCGCGACAAUAUCACAAUAUUUUAUAGAAAAUGACAAAUUUCCACAAGCAAGGCAUCAUCUAGCUGCAGCAUCAUGUGUAUUAGAAAAAUAUUCAGAAAUCUUGAAAGCAAAGGGCACUAAGGAAACGAGUGAAACCAUAGCUGCGGAAUACGAAAAUUACUUUCAUAGAUCAGCAGAUGUCGCUAGAUGCUGGGCAAAGUAUGGUAUUGCUCUCUUAAGUACAUCUAAGGAAAGAUUAAUGAAAAGUGCUGAGCAGGAGGAUGAGUCAAACGAUUCAAAGCAUGCAGAAGUUUCCAAUGAAGUCUGCAAAAGCCCUCAUGUGAGUGAAACCAUAGAGAACCCAAAAUUCGUAGAUUUAGAACCAGAGUUGGAAGUAAUUAUCAGUGAAAUCACCGAUAAAUAUCUGUUGGAUUUUGAUGACGCCAAACCAGUGUUCUUGAAUGUUCGGAAGUGGCUAAAUAAGGCAAAGCUGUAUUAUAGUUUUGAGAAUCAUGCAUCGGAUUAUGCACGUAUUGCGCAAGACAUGUCUCAAGCAUUCAAGUACCUAGCAUUCUACGAAGAGAACGAAGACAGGCAAGCAAAGAUGCACAAAAGGCGGAUAGACAGUCUGGAGGAAGUCAGUCAGGGAUUAAGUCCACGAUUUUAUCGAGUUAUUUGUCGAGAAAUCUGGCUCGAAUUGGCGGAAACGUAUUCGGAGAUCUUGGAUAUAAAGAUCGAUCGUUUGCAAGCGCUCAAUGAAAAGCCGACGGAUCAGAUGGUAGCCAAGAUCGAACGCUUGGCGAGAAGUAGCAUAAAGCAUUAUCAGUUGUACGUGAAUUCUUUGGAGAUGAGAGAAUCCAAUGAUGGCGUUGCAUCUUUCUCGUACGCCGAACUAUAUCAGGCGUUAUAUUCUUACUUCCACAUUGGAAGAUUAUAUAAUAAGAUCAUAACUUCCGUCUUAGAACAAAAAAUAGAAAACAUACAAAAGAGUCUUGAGGCUUAUUCGUUUGUUGCUAAUUAUUAUGACAAGCAUCCAGAUAUUCAAGAGGAAUUCAAAAAAUAUGAAUUUAUAAAAUUAUCCAAGGAAUUCGUUACUCUACUGCCACUUACGUUAGAUAGAUUGAAACAACAGUUAAAUCAAUAAUUUUAUUUUCCUUUAUUCUGUAUAAAGUUAUUUUGUUAUACUUUUCCUUAUAUAUGAAAUACAUAUGAUGUUUGUGAGGAAGAUUAAAAACACACGAGGCAGUAUAUAAUUGUGGAAACAUAUAUUGCAUGUAUUUUUGAAAUACUCACUUGUUAUCAUAUAUGCAAUACACACACAUACUGAUACAUAAAAACAAUAUAACUAUUUAUGUUUGUACAUACAUAAUUACACAUAAUUGCAAUUGCCAUAUAUUAAAGAUAUAUUUAAGAUGCUAUGAAAGAGUUGUAUUGCUUCUUUUUAAUAGAUGACGAGCAUAUAUUGAUAUUUAAACCAGGUUUGAUUAAUAAUACUAUAAUAAUAGUAAUAUAAAUAUAGAUACUUGUGUUUAUUUUUAAUAAUUUCUUAAUCUUCAUCACAUUUAAAAACUAAACUGUGGCUUAUGAUUAUAAAUAAUUUUUAUAAUAAAAAAUGCUAUGUCUCUUUUA